UAACCCCAGGCCACUCUCAAGUCACAACCCCCAAAAUCUCUCAAAAACCCCUUCACUUUCUCUCUCUAGAAAAAAUCGCUUCUUUGAAAUUUCUCCGAUCAUCUGUUUCCAUCAUCAACUGGUACCUCCACUUCAGCAACUGAGUUAGACUGGUAGACAUCACUCUCUUGACUUGUCUCUCCACUCUGAAACUAAUUAUGGGAUUUGACAAGCCAAAUGAUGAGCAAUAUCCACCCAUGCCAUUGCAGGGUGAUGGUGGAUGUAUGUUUGCCAGUAGGGAAGGUGGAACUGUUGACUGUGGUCAGAAUUUUCCAAGCUGUACCAGUUCUGCUGACUUUUCAUUCCCAUAUGUAUCUCUGGCUAAUUCUGCUUGGAAUGACAUGCAUGCAACCCAUCAUUCUUACCCACAUGACCUUAGAAAUGGUAGCCAUUUGAUGACUGGUCUAAUGGGGCUUGACAACUUGCAAAGUCAGGACAACCUUAAUUUGCAUAGUCUCAGAGGUAGCUUGAGGAAUGUAGAUGUUCAGAAUACUCAGGCUAACAUAAAUUUUUUGCCAACUGGGAGUAAAGCUGCUGGAGAUUACCAAAUGAAUGUUCUGGGAGGAGAGGCAGAAGGUAGUACCGUAAACUGGUCACAGAUUAGUGAGAGUUCUUUAAAUUUAGGAUGUGGUGCAUCCUUGUCACACCAAAAUACAAGUUUCCUUGAAGCUGGAGUUAGAAAUGAUGUCAAAGUAAAUGCCUUCCAUCCAAGACAAGUGGACGGAAGUUUUUUAACCCUUGGAAUUGGAGGUAAUCCAGAGACAAGAGCUAAAUCUAAAUUUGAUUCCCGAGAGGUCGCCAAUAAACUGGUGGAAGCAGUUGGGCCCCAAAGCAGCAGUUCCCAAAUUCAACCUGCCACAAGUCUAUCAAGUUUUCAAACUUAUCCUGGCUGUUCUCCAAGUACUGUAUACAAACUAGGUGACUGGACAACCUCUAAAAAUGUUGAUGCUAUUGUUGGGAUGCGUUCAAGCCCAUUUAUCAGUCCUCAGAUGCCAGAAGCUUUUAAGCAAUAUGAUUUCUUUGAGAAUAAUGCUAAGAAUACAAGUUUUGUCGAUGAGUCUAUGGGAAGAAAUUCUGCACUAGAAUCUUAUAAAUUUUUUCAAGGUGAUCCUUCUCCAUCUUCAUUGCCGUUUAAUAGCACUUAUGCUUGCGUCCCCCAACCUGGAUAUACCAAACAGUCAGAGUUGGGAUCAGAAGCCUUCGAGUCUACCUGGGUGUCCACUCAACCAGCCAGAGACCUUCUGUGGAAUUCUCAUUCUAUAGAGCCAGGAAAUAUCUCAUCCUCCUUUGGUUCCCAUUGUAGCAGCCUGAGGGAUGUCUCUCUCCCACAGGAUUACUUAGGAAUUUCUGUGCUUCCAUCAGAGGGUUGUGCAGCUCAAGCUGUUGGAAGUGGUGAUCAGUGUGCCAGUGGUCAGCCAGAUGGCCAUGUAUCUUCUCCUUACAAGGUUAAUUCUGCACCGCAUUUUCGAAGCACCAAUUAUCCCAAGAAUACCAGUCUUCUGAUUGCAGAGGGUAGUGCUAACAAGCCUGCUAUACGUGCUCCAUUUCCUCGAAGGCUAGGGGUACAAAUUGAUGAUCCUGCUGCUACUCAAUCCGCUACUGGAAGUGUAUUAUCCGAGAAUAUGGGAGCCCAGACUAGGAGUAAUGAGCAUCAGUCUCGAAUUUCUGGACCUGUUCAGCUUGCUAAAAAUUUUCUCGGGCCCAUUUCUGGUCAUCGUCAAGACCGUUUGGCAGCUAAAUUUAAUGUUCAAAGUCCCUCCCUCUCAACUGGUCAACCUCAACGUGCUGUCCCUGUUCGGUUUCCCAAAGAUCUUAUGAGAGUUGAUCAUACAACUGGUCAGGUAGUUCCUCAAAAAAUUGGUAGGACAUCUCAUGUUCAUGGUGUUAUUGGCCAGCCAUCUCUUAAAAGGAGAGCAAAUGAAACCCCAUCAGUGCCUUCCUGGGGUCAGCGUAGGAGGUUUUUCACUCCCAGUUACCAUUCUGCAAUGAGCACUCCUGCUAUUCCCCCUCUUCCUUCCACUUCGGCUCACAUAAAGUGGACAGAUUCUGAAAGUCCUCCUCGGCCAACUGGACAUAGAUGCAUGUUAUGCAAGAGGGAUCUCUCUUUCAGACCAGAAGGCCCCAUUUACCAGCCUAUCAAUCCCCCGGCUAUCGCAGUUCUUCCCUGCGGCCAUACGUUUCAUGACCAAUGCUUGCAGAAUAUCACCCCAGAAGAUCAAUCGAAAGAUCCUCCGUGUAUACCCUGUGCCAUUGGUGAAAAACAAGCUUGAAAUUAUUCUCUCAUAUUCUGUGUUGGGCAAACUCUAAAGAUGGGAAAGCUGUAUCUACAUUUAACUGUAUCUACAUUCAAUUAGGAUUUAGUAAGUGAAGAUAACUUAAGAGGGAAGUAAAAUUUUUGUAUAGUUGUUGGAAAUUAGGUGUAGAGUUCUUGCAACUGUACAUAGUGAAUGUGGGAUGGCAGAUGCGGUCGGACAGGUAUUAAAAGCAACCAUUCAGUUACCAAUUUGCCUCGAGUGUACAUGAAGCCUCCCUUUGUUUUGAGAAUGAAUAGAACGAAUUUCAUUUUGUGCUAA